AUGAGCGCAGCCGCGCAAUCAGAAGAAACAGCAGUCGAUCACCCAAUGAGCGGGGUCGAGCACGAGAAUCCAAACAGCAGCAAUAAUCCAUCCAGAGGCAAUCUGCGUGAUGAAAAGGGCGACGACUAUGUCUACUUUAGUCGCAGCACCGUCGGGUUUUCUGACCAGGCCGUGCCCAAAGCAAAGGCCUUUCAGCUCAAGCUCGAACACUAUUACAAGCUCGCCGUCGAAUCUGCCGUGCAGAGGAAUACCCGGCGAGUCGAGAUAGAGACAAAGCUCAUCAACGAUGUGUCCAUGUCCGAGGAGCGAAAGCGGAAACAACUCGCUCAGUUGGGGAAAACAGAGUCGACCUUUUUGCGUCUGCGAAGGACCAAGAUUGGCUUGAAUGACUUUAGGACGGUGCGGCUGGUGCAAAAGGUGGACACGGGCAAGAUUUAUGCCAUGAAGACGCUGCAAAAGGAUGAGAUGGUCAAGAGAGAUCAGCUCGCACACGUUCGAGCCGAGCGCGACGUUUUGGCCGAGUCAAACUCGCCGUGGGUCGUUCAGCUCUUCUACUCUUUCCAAGACCCUGCGUACUUAUACCUCUUCCUACCCGGCGGCGAUUUGAUGACAAUGCUCAUCAAGUACGAAGUCUUUUCAGAAGAUGUUACCCGGUUUUAUAUGGCGGAAUGCUGCCUUGCUAUCGAGGCAGUUCAUAACCUAGGAUUCAUACAUCGUGAUAUCAAGCCGGACAAUAUUCUCAUUGACCGAAACGGUCACCUUAAGCUCUCAGAUUUCGGACUGUCGACUGGGUUCCACAAACAACACGAUAUGAGCUACUACAAGAACCUACUUGCCUCUGUGAACGGCUCCGGCGCUUCUAUGCAAUCGCCAACGACUUCUUCGCAGCAAGCGACAAGAAAUAGCGUAAUGGUCAGCAAUCCUAUCCAUCUCACUAUGAGCCGCAAAGAUGCCAUCAACACGUGGAAGAAUAGCUCCACCCGUCGACGUCUGGCCUAUUCGACGGUUGGAACACCAGAUUACAUUGCUCCUGAGAUUUUCCAAGGUCAAGGAUACGACAAGGCGUGUGAUUGGUGGUCGUUUGGAGCCAUCAUGUUUGAAUGCUUGGUCGGGUAUGCGCCGUUCUGUUCAAUGGACAACAACCCGCGGGAGACGUACCAGAAGAUUAUGAACUGGCCACAAUCGCUCGUCUUCCCCGACGAUGUCUAUCUGUCUCCGGAAGCCGAGGGACUUGUUCGAGGGCUGAUGAACUGGAGAGAUCAGCGACUCGACUUGAACCAAAUCAAGUCGCACAAGUUUUUCGAGGGUGUUGAAUGGGGAAUUCUGCGGGAGAUUGGUGCGCCAUGGGUACCUUCGCUGACAAGUAUCACGGAUACGAGCUACUUCCCGGUGAACGAGCUCGAGGCGAACAAGCCACCUAUGCCGAUUGAGACGACGCCGGCUACGGAUCUCGCGUUCUUAGGAACAAUCCCCGCAAUGGGCACGGGGACGGUUGUCGAUCCCCGCAUGUGCCGGCUGGACGGCCCCGUGCUCAACGGGUGGGCUCAAACGUGGCAGUCAACUGCCGGAUUGCUGGGGGUGAGCAUCGUGGCCUCCAGUUUCCCAGAGAACACCAUUGCAAGCUUUGAGGCUGCGAUCCGGGAUGGCUCGCACGGCAUAGAGAGCGACGUUCACGUCUCACUCGAUGGUGUGGUCGUUAUGUUCCAUGAUCCCGACCUCUCGCGCACGACAGACUCGACGGGCCUCAUCCGUGAGCGCAACUGGUAUGGCAAUGACGGUAUGGAGCACUGCCGGACCACAAAGGAACCCAAGCAGGCCAUCCCCACGUUUGUGCAGACUGUAGAGCUUCUCAUGCGACCAGAGAACCGGCAUGUCAAGUUCAACGUCGAUGUCAAGAUUCAAAAUGACCCCGAUCGGCUGUUCAAGCUCAUGCACGAAAUCAUCUCUGCUCAAGAUGACUGGCAGACGACCCUUGCACCCCGAAUCUUGCUCGGCCUCUGGCACUCUCGCUUCAUCACCCCUGCAAAGACGCACCUCCCCUAUCUCACCCUGUCUCAUAUCGGUGUCUCCCUCGAGAUUGCACGCGAAUUCUUUUGGGAUUCCUGCCAGGUCUUCAGCAUGCUCUUCCACGUUCUCGCAAACGCCGAAGGCGAGCGCUUCCGAAGGGACGCCACAAAGGCUGGAAAGCAUAUCAUGGUCUGGACUGUAAACGACCCUCUGCAGAUGAUGGAAGCCGCCAGAUGGAACGUCGCCGUCAUCUUGACUGACAAGCCGCGCGUCUGGCUCGAUUUGCGCACGCAACUUGCCGGCAAGUCCCAAAAACCCGCUGUGCAAGCUGCGUAUUCGCGCACGUUCCUCUGGACCUCGCCAUUCUAUUACCGACCCACGCAUCUCCUUAUCAGCUACAUGAGUCGCAAGAGAAUCGAAAAGGAAGCAGGGCCAUUCCAAAAGGUCGAACUCUCUCUAAUCACGCCUCCAAACGGUCCCGAGCUUGUGGCUGCGUCCGUUGUAUCUGCGCAAGCAUAA